AUGUCGCCACUGGAUAUCGUUUUGCUUCUGUUUAGUUUCCACCAAGUGCUUGGCAGUGACUUUUCCGGCAUGAGCUCGGAGUUCAAGCAGUGUGUUCGUGCAUCCCAAAAACCUAAGAUUAGUGAAUGUCUGGGAAAAUCGGCUCUGAACUUCAUCCAGAGAUUGGAUGAGACCGAUAACGUAAAAUUCGUGGAGGAUUUUGUGACUGUGAAAAGUGAAACAGCUGCAGUCAGAUCUCUGUCAAAUGUGCUCGACACGGAUCCAGUGGACUUCCGUGGUAUCCUGGAGAAUGCCGGCGCAGUGAUGGGUCAACGAAGUAUGGAGUGGCAUAUGGAUGGCCUUUAUCCCGGACUUAUGUUCAAAAUUGGUCCCACUGCGGAUGCGAAUAGUGUGGCCGAGUUCGUCCUCGAUGGAGCGACGCAGGGAGAGCGACAAUUUGGAUUCGAGGAUCCCUCCACUGGACGCGUCUUGGCCAAGCAGUAUUUGCUUCCCUUUCUCCUGGGCUUAAAAUUCAAUCUGGUCGCUCUAGUACCCUUGAUAUUUGCUGGCAUAUGUCUGCUGCUCAAGAAGUCAUUAUUUUUGGUAAAGCUGGCCAUAUAUGUGAGCAGCUUCUUGGGACUGGGUGGAAUAGUGGGUGGACUGGGAGGCUUAGGUGGUUUUGGAGGCGCCAGCUUUAGCGGUGCGAACUUUGGUUUCGGUGGUUUUAACGGCCACCGACCCAUCGGUCACUUUCCCGGAAAGACUACAGUAUUUGGCCAAGGCCAAGAUGAGUUCCACCACCAGUACGAUGUGCACGAAACAUCCCCAUAUCGUCGUAGUGAGCGAAAAGUAAGAUUCGAGCAGCCUCGAAUGGCGGAAACGCCAGGCCAAGCACCUCUAGUCAACCCCAAACCAACCACUCCAGACCGCUUUUAUGACUUUGAAAACCAAAGCAGGCCAAGUAACAAGCUAUUGGCAGCCAGUGUGGAGCAGGAAGGCGAAAUCCUGUUGAGAAACUUCCAGGAUCCCCACCGAAUGGAGGGCUGGCAGGCGGUGGACGUGAGAUCGCUAUAG